AUGGCCACCCAUGCGAUCGGAAGUUCUUACAGCAUUACAAUAAAUAGCAAGCCCGAUCCAGACGGCAGUGGCCGGUUCACGAUCGAGGUUCAGUACAGGCAUAGGAUCAAUGGCGGCCGCAAUGUGGGCAAAGACUUCAUGCUGCUCGGUGUAUACUACGGCUCCAUCGCAGGUGUUGCCAAGCGCUUCUUCGAAGACCCAGGGGUCUUCGUUGGCAGGAUACUGUCCGAUCACUUUGAUACGCGGGUAGAGUUCACCUUUCCGGAGUCGUUCCCAGUCCAGCAAGUGCCCAAAGAGGAGGCAGUGGAGACCUUAGCUCGCAUUGAGAAAACGGUUCUGCAGACCGAGAAGGACAUUGUUGAGCUUAAGAAGAACACGGUAGGCCUUCAGAUUCUGUUGACGAGGAUCAAUGCCCCGGCUGAAGCCGCCAAGCAGGAUGAAGUUUCAGACUUGAAGGAAUACGACAGCCCAACUACUGCCAGCCACAAGAUAAGGCGAUGCGGCUAUUAUCCAAAGGUCAGACCGGGGCAUCAGCUAAAAGAGGCCUCGAAAACAUCGAAGGCACUGAUACAGAUUGCAGCCGAAGCCAGAGAGGCCAAAGAAGUGGAGAAUCUGGCGAAGAAGGCUGCCCGUGGAAAGAAGGGAUCUGAGAAAGGGACCACAAAGGGUAAAGCAGCAGCCAAGGGAAGCGCGAAUAAGGCAACCAAAGAGCCCGAUGUCUUGAGUCCUCGUCGUUCGGAGAGGAUCGCGAAGAAGUGA